GUUAAUCUUUCGAAAUGUGGCUGUAUUGACUUUACCUUGUGUGUUGUCUCCAAGAUUUGUAACAUGACAACAAAGUCAAAAUCCGUUAUAAGGUUUGUGAAUUGAAUGUGAUCGCACUUGUUGGUGUUGCGCUCUUUACAUGACACAUGCGGUCUCAAGUGUAGGGUGUUUUGACCCGACUGCGUUUCUCACGGUCCGCCAAUGAAACACUGGAUUUGCGACCCUCAACCCAUGUCCGACAAGUGUGGGGGAACCUGGCAGAAGUCAUCCUUGUGUGCGAACUUCAAGCUCUAGAAUGCCGAUGCUCCCCGGUUGCUUGAUUUUGGAGCAGGACCAAUAGAUAAACAUGACAAAGCAGACUUGUGAAGCAAAUUCGACCAUGAUUUUCCACAUGUUUAAGGAGAUGUCAGCGAGUUCAAUGGAUUAUGAUGUGGCUCAAGGGGUGAGAGCUCUCGACUUCGCCUUAAUUGCUUUGCAGUUGCCCCUCCACCCGAAGUCAAGAUGUGGAGCACAGCGACAGCAACAUCAGCAAACGUGCAGCCACCAGAGCAGCAUGAGAUGGCGCCAGUGAUUUUGAGCGAAGAACGAUAUUUGAAGCCGGAUCCGACAGCCUCCCUUGCCAAAGUCUCGGCAGAUGAAGGCUCAGCCUUGUUGAAGCUCAACACAGAGGGUUUGCAGGAGUUCUUCAACCGUAAAGCAUGCAAAGCAAUUGGUGAGGUGCUGGCCAAAGAAAAGAUCAAUGGGACAACCUUGGCGCAGUUGACAAAUAAACACAUCGAAGACUUGGCUUUGUCCUUGGGCGACAAGUUGUCCCUGCAUGGUUUCAUGAACCGUUUCCGUUCAAGUGCCCGGGCAGCCAAGCGAAGCGAGUCUCUUUGGGAGGCCGAAGAGUUUCCCUACGAAUACCAGCUGGUGUCUGGAGCCGGGACUUGCUGUCCCAAGCCGGAGAAGCCGAUCCUCUAUCAUCGCCUCCCAAGGCCAACUACAAAGUCACGAACACCGUUCUGAAAGUGGUUGGGUAUCAAUGGGUGGAUGGAACGGGGGAUUCAGCUCGGCCUUUCGAAUAUGACCAGCAAGUUACUUGCUGUUGCCACACUUGGAUCAAGCGCCCCGACUUUGAGUUCGAAGAGUCCACGGACAACAUUGACCUGAGUUGCAUCUCUGAUAUUGAUGUGGUGGUUUCGAGCAACUUUCAACCGGAGACGUACACCCCAACUCCGCAGGACAAGCAGAAUGGCUACUGCAAGGAGCUUCUCGUCGCAAAGCCAGGCUUGGUCAUCGUGACUUACACAUCCCCCACCAUGGGUAUUACGAAGAAGGUGUUAGGCGUUGAUCCCGCUACGGCACAGAAAGUGGCAGACAUCAUCAUCCAUGCAAAGGAGGAGACCCAAGCAGAAGAUUCAGGUUCUGGCAAGAUUGAUUGAGCGCAAGCAGGGGCUUUUGGGCGCGCCGGAAUCUCAUUUGGUGCGCUCAAGAUCUGGGCCAAGUGGAGAUGAAACCGGAUGACAAUUUUAUGCGACAAUUCUUGCAGAUCUCAGGCAACGCUGUUUGAGUUUCAGAUUCAUAGGGACCACAUAGAGCAACUGGUGUUUGAACAAAAAUGACAUCCACAUGAGCCCUGGAGGGCUGAAAUUCUAUAGCGUACGUUGUUGAGAUAUCAAACAAGGGGUGAUGAGGUGAUUCCUGUACCGGCCCAAACGCGCAUCAGUCAGAUAGACGUCCCAAAAGAGCAAAGUCGCCCUGCGAAAGUCGCAUUGGGGUGGGUUGUUUCCCCAAGCAAGCCGCCACGCCGCCAUGGCCAUUGCUAGGCUUGCUAAUGGCAGUUUUAGUCAUUGCAGAUUGACCCAGGUCUUGAAUGCUGCGUAGCACCAUUGCCCUCGCGGUCCUUUGUGGCCCUGACUGGACCAGCGGAAAUUACUGGCCCUGCAGGUAAUCUUUUCGCUGCAGGUUGAGAAGCGAGACUCUCCCAUAAGGACCGGAACAGCGGAACCCUUCCUGCUGCAGGUCGACAACUUGACUGCUGUUGAUAUCCAG